AAAUUGAAUAUUGGAUAUUGGCAAUUAUUCAAAUUCUGACGUCUGACCCACUUAUCCCAAUGGCUACUGUGAUCAACGUUGCUGAUAAAGAACAACUUGAACAAAUUUUACAAGAGGCAGCAAAUGUUGCCAAUGGUCCAGCUAUUGUAGUUAUAGAUUUCUAUGCUACAUGGUGCCAUCCUUGUUCUGAAAUAGCACCCAUCUUUAAAGAAUUAAGUACUAGGUACACGAAAAUGAAAUUCCUCAAAAUUGAUGUUGAUAAACUUGAGGAUGUUGCACAACAGUACAAUGUUCGAUCAUUGCCUACAUUUGUAUUUUUACGUGGCACUUUACCAAUCGAUCGUAUUACAGGUGCAUCUGCUCAAAAGUUAAGAGAUAAAGUUCAAGAGCUUGCUACUGCUGCACCAGAUUCACAGGAGGGUGGUUCACAAAAAAGUACACAGUCUUCCAAACAACUUGAAUUAGAUAUACUCCUGUCAAAAAGUCAAUGUGAAUGUUUAAAUGAAGAUGACUCACAUUCACUGUCUCAAUUACUCAAUUCACCAGAUGAUGAGAAGACGUAUUUACUCUCUGAUACUGAUGAACAGCUUAUUAUAUAUGUUACAUUCUCUCAAUUCGUUCGAGUUCAAGCGGUGCAGAUCAACGGACCUAAAGAAAAUGCUCCAAAAUUAGUAAAACUUUUUAUCAAUCAAAUAUCAACACCAGAUUUUGAUAGUUGUGAAGCUGGUGAAGCUGUACAAACAUUAGAGUUAACAGAGGAUGAUAUUAAAGAGGGUGGAGUAACUCAAUUGAAUUUUGUAAAAUUCCAAAAUGUCAACACUAUAACACUUUUUGUGAAAAACAAUCAAUCGUCAACCGAUCAAACACGAAUUGAUAAGCUUAGAUUCUUUGGUUAUCCAGUGAACACUAUAAAUAUGAAUGAAUUUAAAAGGGUCUCUGGUAAGAAGGGUGAAGCACACGGUUAAGCAAUAAUAUUUAUUGCCUACACAAUAUGCAUAUAUAUACAUACAUAUGACGUAACCGGUUCAGUUCUUACCUUUUUGUGGAACUAUUGGAAGAAUGGUUGAAACGUACUCAUUUCUAGGUUUCUCUAUGUAAACUGUUUCUUCUUUUGUUUUGAGGGCGAGCACUCGUGUGUGCAUAUGUGCAUUUGUGUGUGUGUUUAUGGAUUUAUUUGUAUAUCUCUCUGCUUGUACUUCAGAAAGUUGAUUGAUUGGAUUUGUCUUCAUUGUGAUCACUGUUAUUAUUAUUAUUAUUAUUAUUAUUACUAUUCUCUUGUCCAAAGCCUUCUGUUCCUUUCCGUGAAGAAAAGGAGAAAUAUAUAUUCAUCACAUGGUUUCA